UCGAAAGUGCUGCCGGGGGGGUGUGGCUGAGGCUGAGCGCCGGUAGUGAUGGCGGAAGAUGGGCGCCGGCCCGAGUGAGCCAUGUAUCUACGAGAAGCUGGCGGACAGCGUGGAGGUGCUGCGGCAGUCCGGCGAGCGCUAUGGCAUGUCCGAGCGCGACAUCGAGAGGUUCGUGGCCCAGAUCCUGGAGACCAAUGAGCCGCAGAGGGAAGCCCGCAGAUACCCUCGGUUGGUGGCGGCGGCGAAGAUUGUGGUUGCCCUGGGGCUCCUUAUAAUAGCAGCCUGUUCCUUUAUCAGUCUGUAUGGCAGAUCGCAUUACCAAAGUAAAGCUACAGAAGAUCAGAAUUGGAAGAAUCCAAUAAUUGGUCAUGUCCGUCUUUUACACCUACCUAUUGCGAAGAAGUACAAUCUGGAAGCUUUUCAUGAAUGGGGUCAUUUAGGAUGUGAGCAGCUGAUACCCAACUGUACUGAAUGUGCUUCCCUAAGUACUGUUGGAACUGUGAGUGAUGUGAAACAUAUUUCCAAGUAUAAUCAUCGAAUAAUACAACCAAUUGUAAUCAAGACUGGAUCAGCUACAUCAUUGUCAUAUGGGGAUUUGAAGCACUUAUAUACAGAAUAUAGGGAAGCCAUGGACGUAUAUCUGGAAGAUGGAGGGGAUCUUGAAGAUACAGUCAAUAAAAACAGCCUAUUUCCAGAAGAAGAAUCCAACCUAGUUAUUCACUGGAGAAAACAGCGUAUAAAUGGAAUGCAUAUUCUACGAGCAAUUUUUCCAAAUUCAAGCAUGUUGCCCUUUGAGAAUAAAGUGUCCUUGAAGAAAUGUUUAAUAACACCUAGCCGUGGUUCUCCAUUCCAACUCCUGUCCCACCAGCUCCAGAUAGAGAACAGCUGGCUGAUUGUAGGGAGAGGUAAUCUGAAACUUCAGAUCAAAGCCUCUGAAAAAUGUGCACAACAGUGUGGUUCCUUUUUAGUCCGGCUGGGUGAAGGUGAUAUUGUUUUUGCCAAUUCAAAUUAUUGGCAGAUGACCAUUUCACCAACUGGAGAGCAAACUGUCAUUAUUUGUGUUGGAUCCAUCUAAUUAAGGAUGCUAUUGAUUAUGUUACAUUGGUUCUGUGCAAAAAUGCCAUUUUUAACAAGAUUUAAAUUGGAAGCAGGAGUGAGCUACUCAGCCCUUUGAACCUGCACCACAAAUUAAAGAUCAUGACUAAUCUGCACUUGUGAGUUUAGAUUCGCGUUCCAAAGUUAGAAUUCAAUUUUUACACCUGGACUAUCACUUUGAAAUCCAUUGACUGCAUUGCACAAAAUUCCUAAGUGUUGUCUCUAUGUCAUUGACUUUUGAAAAGUCCAAUGUAGUUUGAGUUCCAGAUGUCUUUCACUUUCUAGUAAUCCUCUUUGGCUAUGUGUAAACAAUUAUUCAAGAAAAUGUUAAAUAUAUUAAGGCUCAUGGAAAUAAAAUCUAUGUACAUUUGACUUUUUGAUUGUUGUCUUAGUUAACUAAUGAUGCAGAAUAAAUUAUUAAUAUUUUCAGGGAGAAGUGACUGAUAGUAACCUGUUUCUUUAGAAUACAAACAGAAGUUACUGGUCAUUAAAUAGAAUGAGCUGAAGACAAUAUUAAAUUUUGGGGAAUAGGUGACAAAAUAUUCUCCAAGAAAGGAAAAUAAUAGUACAAUACUAACUGCUUUGCCUCAGGCAAAACAUUUGUGUGUAAAAUUAUUUGACUUUUACAAAAUAGUACUUGUAUCAAAUAUGUUGACUUGGAAAAUUGGUAAUAAUAUUAAUAGCACCUCUCCAUGUACAUAAUUUUUAUAUUUGUAUAUGUGUAAAGUUAAAAGAAUCCUUGAAAUAUUUUGCCUUGUUUUUUGAUAAAGCUAAUAUUUGAAUCAAAAUUUUAAUGUUUAAACAAUUUAAUGGUUUGUUCAAAAUAAAGUAUGUUUCAAGUGUUA